AUGCAAGUCGACCACGAUAAGUACAAAUCUCUCAUCAAAGGCAUUAAACUCACCCGCGCCGAAGAGGGAUGGCUUGGCCUGACAAAAGGAUGGGCACCCACCUUCCUGGGUUACUCCAUGCAAGGUAUGUUCAAAUUCGGUUUGUACGAAGUGUUCAAAGUCGUGUACCACGACAUGCUCAGCGAGGAAAACGCUUACCGCUGGAGAACGGCUUUGUACCUAGCCGCGUCAGCUUCCGCCGAAUUUUUCGCGGACAUCGCCCUGAGUCCCAUGGAAGCGGUGAAAGUCCGCAUCCAAACGACCCCGGACUUCCCUCCGACCCUUCGCGACGGCGUGCCGUGCAUUUACGAAGAAGAGGGCCUGCACGGGUUUUACAAGGGGCUGGUGCCGCUCUGGCUGCGCCAGAUCCCGUACACCAUGAUGAAGUUCGCCUGCUUCGAGCGCACGUUGGAACUGCUGUACAAACACGUCGUCCCCAAACCGCGCGACGAGUGUACCAAGACGGAACAGCUGCUCGUCACGUUCGCUGCCGGGUACAUCGCGGGCGUGUUCUGCGCCUUGGUGUCCCACCCGGCCGACACGGUCGUGUCCAAGCUCAACCAAUCGCCGGGGUCGUCCGCCUUCGACGUGGCCAGCCGCCUGGGCUUCUUCGGCAUGUGGAAGGGCCUGGGCACGAGGAUCGUCAUGAUCGGCACCCUCACCGCCCUCCAGUGGUUCAUCUACGACGCCGUCAAGGUCUGGUUUCGGCUGCCACGCCCCCCGCCGCCCGAGAUGCCCGAGUCUCUCAAGAGGAAGGGGGACUAG